UUCUUUUUUUAGAAUAAAAUGGCAAAAAUCUCAAUAGCGUUAUGUCUAAUGUUACUUGUUGCAUUAAGUGAUGUUUAUGAAACAGAAGCUCAAGGGACGUUCUCAUUACCUGAUUAUUUGGAGCUCUUUCCUAAAAUGAGCAAAGACUUUGAGCCUUACGCUUCCAAAGGUUUGCUGGAUUUCGCAGGUGUCUUGGAGGGAAAGUCUCCAGCAACCGUAGAGUUCAAAAAUUUCUUUACAAAGCUGAUAGAUUACAUAUCAAAUUGCUUUAAACCAGCAUCAUCCGGACCAAUAAACAUCCAAGCCGAGAUAUCAGAGAAAUCUCAGCAGCUUUUCAUGGCUAUGUUUGCAUUGAAUGGUACUAAAGAGGGAACAUCAUUUGAUUCAUGGAGAUUAAUCGAAGGCUUGGUUUCAAUGGAAAAAGUUUCUGUUGAAAUGAAGAAGAGCACUUCGAAAGAAAUAUCUUCUCAACAAUGGGACAAAUUGUUGGGGUCUAUGACUGAAUGGGUUAGAAGGAUUGGUCUAUUUGUGAAGACGGUCUCCGAGAUCAAUGGAAAAUUAAUCGAUCUAUCACAGUUUGAUAUUGAUAUCGGUCCUACAUAUCUAUCUCUUUCCAAAGAAGUUGGCAAUAAAACACAAGAGUCCUUCUCAUUACCCCUUUAUUUGGGAAACUUCCCCAAAAUAGGCAAAGAUUUUGAGCCUUUCGCUUACAAAGGUAUGUCAGAUUUCGUAAGCGACUUAGAGGUUAAGUGCCUUGCAAACGUAGAGUUCAAAGAUUUCUUUGCAAAGCUGAAUGAUUACAUGGCCGGCUUCAAGACGCUAUCACCUGAUGAAUCAUAUUCAAUAGAGAGCAUUAAUAUUACGGAUAAAGCUAUGAAACUCUUCAUUGCUUCGUCUGCAUUGAAUGGUACCAAAAUUGGAACAUCAGAUCCGUGGAGGUUGGUCGAUGGCUUGUUGUCAAUGGGAGAAGUUUUGGUUGAAAUGGAGAAUAGCGGCUUGAAGGAGAUAACGUUUGAACAAAAGAGAGAACUGACAUGGUCUAUGGUGAAAUGGGCUCGAGCUAUAAGUCAAUUCGUGAAGACAGCUUCUGAGAAAAAAGGAGUAUCUAUGGAUCUAUCAUCUUUUGAAGAUUAUUACAACUCCCAUGUUUUAGUUCCUGCUAAAGACGCAUCCACAAACAACAGCUCAAACUCAACUAAGCCUUAGUCAUUCUUUAAAGGAACCCCCACACCACAAAAUCAGUUAAAAAAGUAAAGAUGUAAAUACGUGUAUUUAAACUAUACAUAUAUUAAACAACCUUGUUUUGAUCACAACAACGAGUUGUGGAACAUUUAUUUUAUG